AUGGAAGACCAAUCUGAGUAUUUGUACGAUAGCGAGGAAAUUGAACUUUUAGGGCAGUUGAUUAUGCCAGAUUUUGAGCUGAAGUCAGAUGUGUUGGGAGAAAUGGAAAUUGAAGCAUCCCAAAGCGAUGAGGAACUCGCCGAGGCAAUUCAUGCCAUUGAGGAGACCGAAAGUCAUGAAUCUCCCGAAACAACAGCACUGCCAGCAGACGACGUACAUGUAUCUGUACCAGCCAUGGAAAUACAACAAGAAGUAACAAGCAGAUUCGCAAAACUUGACGAUGAUGCGUUGGAAAAAAUCAUUUGUGAAACAGAGAGUACUUCAACAAAAAGACAGACAAAAUAUGGCGUCAAAAUAUUCAAGCAAUGGUUGACUGAAACAAAACAAGACUCAAACUUUGAGCAAUUUUCAACAGAACAGCUUGAUCAUAUUCUUAGAAAUUUGUAUGCAGAGGUUCGAAACACAGAUGGUCAACUAUAUGCAACGAGCACUUUUGUAGGCAUAAGAGUGUCUAUAAAUAGAUAUUUACGAGCACCACUACACAACAAAUCAUUCUCUCUACUUGAAGAUAAACAGGAUUUUCACAAAUCUAACCAAAUGUUUACAGCUAUGAUAAAAAAAUUGCAAAGGGAAGGCCUUGAUGUCACAAAGCAUCACUUGUCAAUCUCAGAUGGAGACCUUGAAAAGCUAAGGUUGUCAGGUGUUCUCUCCACCAAAAAUCCUAAAGCACUACUACGUAAGGUUUGGUUCGACAUUUUACUUGGUUUUGGAAGACGCGGUCGUGAGAACCAAAGAACUUUUACUGACAAAACGUUUGCUAUUAACCAAGAUGACAGAGGUUUCAAGUAUAUUGAAAUGGUUGUAAGUGAAACAACAAAAAAUCACAGAGGGGGACUUGGGGAUGAUAAUUUUGAGAAGUCACCAAGAAUUUACGCAACAUAUAAGCAAGGCUGUCCAGUGGAAUCUUUUGAAUUGUAUAUGGACAAACGUAACCCUAAGUCUGAAUGCUUCUUUCAGCUUCCGAGAAUCAAGUUUUUAGCUUUCGACACAACAUGGUACACCAGUAGGCCCUAUGGAGAAAGGAUGUUGAAUGAAAUGAUGAAGUCCAUCUCAAAAGAUGCUGGUUUAACCAAAGUGUACACCAACCACUGUGUCAGAGCUACAACAAUCAACGUUUUGGCACACUCAGGUGUCUCUGACAGGGAAAUUAUGAAGAUAACUGGCCACAAAUGUGAAAGAAGCUUAAACUCUUAUCAUUCAGAUUCCAGUGAUAAGCAAAAAAGGGAUUACUCUGCCAUACUCCAGGGAGAAUCCAACACUGGUGAAACCCCAAACGCUAUUGUCCCAGUCGUAUCAUCGGGUUCUAUUUCUAGCCUACAGCAAAAUUUCGCCAUUGGCAUUGCUAACGACACGAGAAUGCCUUUGACACAGAUAAACAAUACGAGUCAUAAUGUAAUGCAACAUAUUAAUAACUUACCACGAGCUCCAAUGUAUCAAAAACAGUUUGAGGUGAAUAAUUCCACUGUACAUGUCUACAAUUACCACAUGACUCAUUCAGGAAACCAGUAA